AUUCAUUUCAAUCCAUUCUUCCUGUCUCAACGUCUUUUUCACAGGGACUAGGUGUGUUAAUAUGGCCAGGACCAAGCAGACAGCUCGUAAAUCUACUGGUGGCAAAGCCCCCCGUAAGCAGCUGGCCACUAAAGCUGCUCGGAAGAGCGCGCCGGCAACUGGGGGAGUGAAGAAACCCCAUCGCUAUCGACCCGGCACCGUGGCCCUGCGAGAGAUCCGCCGCUACCAGAAAUCUACCGAGCUGCUCAUCCGCAAGCUGCCCUUCCAGCGCCUGGUUCGUGAAAUCGCCCAGGACUUCAAGACCGACUUGCGCUUCCAGAGCUCGGCCGUUAUGGCCCUGCAGGAGGCCAGCGAAGCCUACUUGGUGGGGCUCUUUGAAGAUACUAACUUGUGUGCUAUUCACGCCAAGAGAGUCACCAUCAUGCCCAAGGACAUCCAGUUAGCCCGGCGUAUCCGUGGUGAGAGGGUGCAAACAGUCAUCAUGAGCCCCAAUGUCCAGCGAAUAGGAGGAGGAAAGCAGGGCGGUAAAGUGAGGGCUAAGGCGAAAUCUCGCUCUUCGAGGGCUGGACUCCAGUUCCCCGUAGGACGUGUGCAUCGCCUGCUUCGCAAAGGUAAUUAUGCGGAGCGGGUGGGCGCUGGCGCCCCGGUCUAUAUGGCUGCGGUGCUGGAGUAUCUGACCGCUGAGAUUCUCGAGUUGGCUGGCAACGCUGCUCGGGACAAUAAGAAAACUAGGAUCAUCCCCCGUCACCUGCAGCUCGCUAUCCGUAACGAUGAGGAGCUCAAUAAGUUGCUGGGGAAAGUCACGAUCGCUCAAGGGGGUGUCCUGCCCAACAUCCAGGCCGUGCUGCUGCCUAAGAAAACUGAGAGUCACAAGGCGAAGAGCCGAGGAAAACAAGGAGGCAAAGCGAGGGCUAAGGCAAAGUCUCGCUCCUCGCGGGCUGGGCUGCAGUUCCCGGUGGGUCGAGUGCACCGCUUGCUCCGUAAAGGUAAUUAUGCUGAGCGGGUGGGGGCUGGAGCCCCGGUCUAUAUGGCCGCAGUGCUGGAGUAUCUGACCGCUGAGAUUCUCGAGUUAGCCGGCAACGCUGCUCGGGACAAUAAGAAAACCAGAAUCAUUCCCCGACAUCUGCAGCUCGCCAUCCGUAACGACGAGGAGCUCAACAAACUGCUUGGGAAAGUGACGAUAGCUCAAGGGGGUGUCCUGCCCAACAUCCAGGCCGUGCUACUGCCUAAGAAAACCGAGAGUCACAAGGCCAAGAGCAAAGAACAGCAUACGUUCUCUGAAAUGGCCAGGACCAAGCAGACCGCCCGUAAAUCCACAGGUGGUAAAGCCCCCCGUAAGCAGCUAGCGACUAAAGCUGCCCGGAAGAGCGCACCUGCAACUGGGGGAGUGAAGAAGCCUCAUCGCUACCGACCCGGCACUGUGGCCCUGCGAGAGAUCCGCCGCUACCAGAAAUCUACCGAGCUGCUCAUCCGCAAGCUGCCCUUCCAGCGCCUGGUGCGUGAAAUCGCCCAGGACUUCAAAACUGAUUUGCGCUUCCAGAGCUCGGCCGUUAUGGCCCUGCAGGAGGCCAGCGAAGCCUACUUGGUGGGGCUUUUUGAGGACACCAACCUGUGUGCUAUUCACGCUAAGAGAGUCACCAUUAUGCCUAAGGACAUCCAGUUAGCCCGGCGUAUCCGCGGUGAGCGGGCUUAAAGGCUGCACCACUGCAUUCUGACUACUUGAAUACUCGCAACAUUCCAAGGCUCUUUUAAGAGCCACUACGUGCGCAUUGAAAAGAGCUGUAACACGCCCAUAACGUGUACUCUUUAAUCACAAGACUUCACUGUGUGCGGCUUACCUAAAUUAAUAAUUCUGACAGUAAGAAACCAUCUAGGAUGGCCCUAAUUUUUCAAAGUGUAUGCUUAAGGUAGCAAACAACUUCCCAUUAGGCUGCCUUAAUUAAAUUCUUAACUUUUUCUAGCCAAAUUAAUGGGUACUUUGGUGAUGCUUUUGUCUUUUAUCUCUGUGUUUAUCAAUGUUCCCUUUUCAAGAUGUAAUACAAACUUCUGCAAAUGUGAAAUAUAUUUCAUUUAAAAAAGUAUAUUUUAUAUAACCAAAUAAAUAUUGCCCUAUUUAGCGUUUAGCUUUAAAGAUUGAUUUAAUAAAUAAAGUAAAAUCACUGGUAUGUCUUUCAGAUAAUAUUCAUACAUUGUAAAUAAGCAAAUGAAGGCUGGUAUUCAGAGUUUGAAUGCAAAUGUGUAUUUCACUUAGUGGAUUGUCUAGGGGGGUUCCUCUUGAAAUCAGAAUAUUGUACAGGAAAGGGCAUGGGGGGGAAUGGUAAGGAUGGCCUGGGAGGAGACUUAUCUGGGGAGCUGAGGAACGCACAAGUUAGACAGAGGCAUUUGUUUAAAAACACUAGUAAUAAAACAGUGUCUUUGUAUCCAAUAAAAUGUAUGAUGCAAAUUACAAAUGAACUGUGAAGAAGUCUAGGAUAAAAUCCAGAGGUAAAAUCAUCAGACUGUCUAAUGAAGGGGUUAAAAACAGAAUAAACAUGGGGAAAUAGUUUUACUUUGUGUAAUGACACCUGAUCACACUUGUUACAGUGUGUAUGGUAACACCCAUUGUUUCAUGUUCUCUGUGUAUAUAAAAUCUCCCCACUGUAUUUUCCACUGAAUGCAUCCGAUGAAAUGAGCUGUAGCUCAAAUAAAUGUGUUCUUCUCUA